AUGCCAAGAGUAAGUAAAAUUUCGCGAGAAGACUGUCAAAGUGGAAGGACCUAUUUGUGUCGAUCAAAAAAAAGAUCAAACCCGAAUAAAAAAAUAAAAGAUGAGGUUACCACCAAAAGUGCUUCGGCGAAGAAAAUAAAACUAAAUACGAGUGCUAGUGUACCGGAAGAUGUUGAAAAACAUUUUAGAAUCAUAGAUUUUUUGCUUGUGUUUUCAACCAUUGCAAGUUUAGUAAAAUGUGCUCAGUGUGAUGGUUCAAUCGAGUUCAAGAGCUGUAAAAAAGAAGGACUUGGCUUCCAAAUCCAAGUCAAAUGUACAAAUUGUGAUCCACGCUUUAUACCGUCGAGUGAGAAAACUGGUCAUCGCUAUGAAAUCAACACUCCUUUUGCCUUUGUAAUGCGUACAUUAGGUUUGGGUUUAGCAGGCUGCAAUAAAUUUUGCGGGCUCAUGGACAUAGCAAGUAGUUUUCUAUCAAAACAAUCUUAUUUGGAUCUCAUGAAAUCUAUUUGCUGCAGCAUCGAAACGACUGCUGAGAAAUUUCUUGUCUCCGCCGCAGACGAAGAAAAACAGCUAACACGUGCGAAUUCGGAGUCAGACACUUUGACCGUUUCUGGUGACGGCACGUGGCAGAAGCAAGGCUUUAGCUCUUCCUUUGGCGUCACUUCCUUGAUUGGAUAUUGGUCUGGAAAAGUUAUCGAUAUUUUCAUUGGUACGAAGAACAUGUUGGAAAAGAUGAAUGCCAAGCAAAUCACACCGGACCAUCAGAUAAUUUCCGGCCGAGUUACAGUGAACACCGCAAAUUGUUUUUUUUUCAAGACGUCCUGGGGGAAGCUCUGUCACAGGCUAAUGGUUUAA